AUGCAACAAGCAGUAAGAAAUUAUAACGAUAGGUAUCACUCUACAAUUAAGCGCAGGCCAAAUGAUGUGCAAUCACACAGUAUAAAUUUCGACGAAGUAAGAGCAAACCUAAAGAAAACAAAAGAAAAAUGGAUAAAUAAAACAAAUGAAAAACGCGAGGAAUACAAUGAAAAAAGGACAACAGGCUUUUUAAAGAACUAUAAAGCAGCCAGAUUAAAACAUCAACCCAGAUUUGUUAAAGGUAAACUUCAAAAUGUUCAUCCCAGCAAUAUUAAAAGGCCCUUAAAAUUCAAUAUAUUGCCCAUUGAGAAAGACUAUCCCGAUAAUAGAACAGAACUUCCAGACCUUACCGAAGAACAACUAUCAAUAAUCAAUACAGCAAUAAACGAAGGUCCAGAUGACGAAGUGUUAACAUCCAAAUUUCGUAUGGAUAUCACCAGACGCGAUAUCAAAUCAUUGAAAAAUAAUAAAUGGUUGAACGACAAAAUAAUAGAAUUUUAUUUGAAAUUAAUCGUCGAACGCAGCAAAGAAAGUAACUUUCCAAAUUCACCCAAAGUCUUUGCGAUGAACACAUUCUUCGCUACACGCCUUCUCAAUGUAGGUUACCAAUCAAUUAAAAGAUGGACACGAAGCGUAAAUAUUUUCGAUUAUGAUAUUCUACUGAUACCAGUACACGUUAACCAAAACCAUUGGGCUAUCUCCAUAAUUGAUUUCCCUAACAAAACAAUGAAAUACUAUGACUCAUUAGGAGUACCCAAUGCGCAAAUUUUAGAAACUUUAGAAGAAUAUUUAAGGAACGAGUCCAUGGAUAAGCCACAAAUUCCAUUCGAUACUUCAAACUUUAUCAAAGAUGCAGCCGCGAACACACCUCAACAGGAAAAUGCAAACGACUGUGGUGUAUUUAGCUGUAGCAUCGCAGAAAAUAUUUCUAAACAUCGCCAAAUUUUAUUCACACAAGAAAAUAUUCCUUACAUUCGAAAAAGAAUGAUAGUCGAAAUUAUUCAGGGAAAAUUAUUAACAUAA